UGACUCUCAUUCACCAACUUCAAACCAACCAUCUCCUAUUGUUCUUUGUCUCGGUAGCUACGUAGGGGCAUUCUCAUUCCUUACUUCUUUCUCAAACCUGCCUUUUGGAUACUGAAUUCCUUCACCCGGAGGAUCGAUGGACUACCUCGGUUCAGCUACGAGGUAAUAUUCGCCAUCAACUCGACACCCAAGCCUCGAAUUAAAGACACCCCACCAGCAUCACAUCAUGGCGGACGGCUUGUGCGGGCCUUCAAACGCUCUGCAGAACUUCCAAAAACAUAGUACCGUUGAUCGGACAUUACAACAAGACCGUUUAAUCUCUAGACAAUCACCCUCCCAAGGCUUCCGAUCCUCGCCCGGUCCGAAUGCUGGGCUAUUAGAUCCCGAAUUCGAAGCCUUCCAAGCAGGCCACCUGCCUCUCGAAUCUCAUCAACCUCCGUUCCAACAAUUCUCUCACAGCCCAGCUCCAAGCCUUCAACAUCCUGGCGCGGAUCCGUCUGCAGCAUGGGCUAGUGACUUCCAGCGCCUGCAUGUCUCGAGCCCACUCCCUCAAGCUCAGCAAGCACAGUUCAACCCGGCGCAAUUGAAGCAGAAUACGGGGGGAUGGCACCAGGAUUUUGUACAACAGUUUCAGGGGGAGCAGCGGGGCAUGGCGCAACCGCAGAUGAAUGGCGGUUUUGGUGGUCAAUUUUCACCCAUGUCUAGAGGAAUGGCAAUGGGUGUUAGCUUGCAGCCGCAAUUUACAGGAGGUAUGGUUGGUCUUCAAAGCCAACAAGUGCAACAACAACCGGUAGAAGCAUUCGAUGAUGAGGCAUUUGCACGAGCAUUUGAGGAUGCUGCUCAAGCCGAAAUGGCCAAAGAGGAGUUGUCUCAACCACAAGAACAGAACGGAGUCGAGAUAGAAGAAAGCACCCAACUCGCUGAGUCCGCCGAAGACUUCACGUCAUCAGCCACUCUCCCAGAGAAUCCCUCUCCUUCAGAGCAAAUACGCAUCGGCGCAGACCUAAUUCACGAUCCGUCUGAUCCCUCUCACCCACAGACCGAAGACCCGGACGCGUUAGCACGGACAGCGGGGCGGUUGUUGGAAAGUGUGAGGAGCAAUACGAGUGAGAAGUUUCAAAAAAGCCAGUUUCUACAACUGAUGAGGCAAUUUCGUGACCGGGAAAUGGUCGUUGAAGGGGACAAGAUCGUGGGAAGAAAUACAGAUGCAGAUGGCAUGGCCAGGGUCGGAGAGUGAAGUCCCUAAGUGGUGGAGGGG